AUGUUAAGAAAUCGACAAAUCACGGCGUCGUCGUCGUGUCUCUUACAAAGAUUUUGUAGAAAUUUCCAAACCUCGACACCGUCAUGGAAAGGCCAGAAUUUAACAGAGAAAAUAGUUCAAAAUUUUGCAGUGGGACUUCCGGAGGGUAAGAAAGUUGCCGCAGGUGAUUACGUGACGAUUCAGCCGGCGCAUUGUAUGUCUCAUGACAAUUCUUGGCCUGUGGCUUUGAAAUUCAUGGGACUUGGUGCAUCUCAAAUCCGGAAUCCCAAGCAGAUUGUGAAUACGUUGGACCACGACGUUCAAAACAAAUCCGAUAAGAAUCUGACCAAGUACAAAAAUAUUGAGAAUUUUGCUGCAAAACAUGGCAUCGAUUUUUAUCCAGCGGGUCGCGGUAUUGGCCAUCAAAUCAUGAUCGAAGAAGGGUAUGCGUUUCCCUUGAAUCUGACCGUUGCAUCAGAUUCACAUUCCAACACUUAUGGUGGUAUUGGAAGUUUGGGUACGCCGGUCGUGCGUACGGAUGCAGCUGCGAUUUGGGCAACAGGUCAAACUUGGUGGCAGAUUCCUCCCGUGGCCCAGGUCGAAUUGCGCGGUGAAUUGCCCACGGGAGUCUCUGGCAAAGAUAUUAUAAUUGCCUUAUGCGGUGUUUUCAACAAGGACGAAGUCUUGAACCAUGCUAUCGAAUUUUCAGGUGAGUCGCUUGACAAGAUUCCUGUCGACUUCAGACUAACCAUUGCCAAUAUGACUACUGAAUGGGGCGCUUUGUCGGGUCUUUUCCCCGUGGAUUACACUCUAGUGCAAUGGUACCGUAACCGACUUUCGAAAGUGGGUCCCAAUCAUCCUCGUAUCAACCAGCAGACGAUUCAAAAACUCGAGACUCGCGCUCAAACUGUAAAAGCGGACGCGGAUGCCGAGUAUGCUAAAAAAUUGGUAAUAGAUUUGGGCACGCUGACUCAUUACGUCUCGGGACCUAACAGCGUAAAGGUCUCAUCGACGGUCGAAGAAUUAUCAGCUCAAAACAUCAAGGUGAACAAAGCGUACCUUGUGUCUUGUACCAACUCUCGUCUCAGUGAUUUAGAAGCUGCGGCAAAGGUCGUUUGUCCCACAGGUGAUAUCGAGAAGGUUAACAAAGUUGCACUCGGCGUGGAGUUUUACGUUGCUGCUGCCUCCUCCGAGGUUGAACAGGACGCAAGAAAAUCUGGCGCUUGGGAAAAGCUAAUGCGUGCGGGUUGCAAAACUCUACCAGCUGGUUGCGGACCUUGUAUUGGACUGGGAACUGGGCUUCUAGAGCCUGGUGAAGUCGGAAUCAGCGCUACAAACCGUAAUUUCAAAGGUCGUAUGGGCUCCAAAGACGCACUAGCGUACCUUGCGUCUCCUGCAGUGGUUGCUGCUUCUGCAGUGUUGGGUAAGAUUGGGUCACCUGCCGAAGUUUUGGGUUCUCACGAUCCAAAUUUCGAUGGCGUGAAGGCCUUUGUAGAAGACCAACCCAAUCAAGACGCUCUAGCGGCGUCAAAAUCCGAAAAUGGUGGUAAAGCCAGUGUUGAGAUGCUAGAGGGUUUCCCAAGUAAGAUUACAGGCGAGCUGGUUCUUUGCGAUGCCGAUAAUAUUAAUACCGAUGGUAUUUAUCCAGGCAAAUACACUUAUCAAGACGACGUUCCUCGCGAGAAAAUGGCACAGGUGUGUAUGGAGAACUACGACCCUGAGUUUCAAACCAAGGCGCAAGCAGGCGACAUCGUUAUCAGCGGUUUCAAUUUCGGCACUGGAUCUUCUCGGGAGCAGGCUGCCACGGCCCUUUUAGCAAAGGGCAUCCAACUCGUCGUCUCCGGGUCCUUCGGAAACAUUUUCUUCAGAAACUCGAUUAACAAUGCGCUCUUGACGUUGGAAAUCCCCAAACUGAUAGCAUUGCUGCGGGAACGGUAUGCAGAUGCGCCUAAGGAGCUCACAAGACGUACUGGCUGGUUUUUGAAUUGGGACGUCGCUCAAAGCAAAGUUACCGUGACAGAAGGCAGCCUAGAGGGUCCCGUUGUGCUGGAACAGAAAGUGGGCGAACUGGGUAAGAAUUUGCAGGAGAUUAUUGUCAAAGGCGGUCUCGAAUCGUGGGUCAAGUCGCAACUCUGA